AUGGUUCAAGUACUGGCUGAUCCCACAUUCUCUCCCGCCGGGACACCAACCUACGAGGCCACCGAUGGCCCUCUCGUGAAGCGCCCUGGUUUUGGCAGGACCGACUCAUCAACCUCAAUGAGCCGAGAGGAGCAUGCCAAGCGGAUGCAAGAACUCAACAAGAAGAGAGGAAUGAUGAAGGCACCCAGACGAGGCUGGUCAAUGACCGACUACCAGGGCGAUCACGUCCCUGCAUCCCACUCUGGCGCUGCUCACAUUGAGCGACAAGCUCCUAUCCCUGAGAACGACUCUCCUUCUCCAACCGAACGUCAAGAGCCUGUGUUUCCCGAGUUCCCAGCUGAGGACAAGAAAAUCCAGAUUGCCCACCGACCUAAAUUGCCUCCCCCUCGCCGUUCAUACUCUGUCAUGGACUAUGAGCCAAUCCCACAAACUCAACCACAGCCUCCCAAGGAUCACACCAUACUUGAUCUUCCUUCCGAGCUUCACUACACCAUCUUUGACCACCUCGACCCCAUUGACAGCGUUUGUUUCGGCCUCACCAACUCCAACUUUUACGAUAUCCACCGACGGUUGCACGGUACUGUACCCCUUUCUAGCCGGUACUCAGGGCCAAACGACAUGGAAUGGGCCUGGCGAGGAGCUGGCCCUCUUGUUCACCGACAAGAGCGAGAUCCCGAGAAAGAAGGUACCAUUGAGCAGCUGCGUGUCAAGGGGCAGGUCUACUGCAGAAAGUGCGGAAUCUCGCGAUGCGAGCUGCACCGUCACCUCAAAGAUUGGAUGCCCGAGGGCUCCGAGUACUGCUCUAUCAAGGAGGCCUUCGGAAAGCCCGCUGGAGAGGACGCGAAGCCAUACUGCUACAUGAAGUCACCCAAGAACCCACACAGAUGUGGACGCCACGGAGGAAAGAAGGGUCAAUAA